UAUAAAUGUUCUAAGCAGAAAAAGGAGCUAAUGCAAUUCCAGGAUAUACAGGGUAUGAGUGUGAUUUAGCGUAGCUUUGCCCCAACAUAGAAUUUUGAUGCAGAUUUAUUGUAAAUUUAGGGUAAUAGGAAUCAUAUUCCAAGUAAUAUUCAUUUUGUAACCAUAUUUAGAUUAUGCUGGUUUUGUGCCAGGGAUAAAGGCUGAGAAUCUGUUUGGAAAAACAUUCGGGAAAAUCACUCUUUUAUCUGGCACGAGAUAAAAUCAUUAGGGGUAAUUAAUUGAUAGAUGAUGGAAUCUAGAUCCAAUUUACCAGCAGAUCUCAGAUAUAGAAGUGAAGUCAAGGAUGCUUAUUGCGAUCAAAAUCAAUAAAGAAAUAAAGAUAAAUUACUAUAUGGAAAACUUGAUUCUGAAACUUCCGUAAUUUAUAUUGAAUCUAUAAUAGAAAGCUCUGGCUUAUAGUUUAUCAAACUUAACAAGUACUCAGGUACCCAAAAUAACGAAAGCCAGAGGUAUUGUUAAGUUAGUAUUUUUGUAGUGGAUGUGAAGGAGAGAGUGAGCAAUGUGAGUUAUCAGGAAGCACUAAAAUAAGCCGGAAAAUGAUUAUAUUAAUUAUGAGGAUUUAUUAAUUAUC